AUGAAUCAAUUUAAUAUUCACCUACUUGAUUUACCUGAUGAAAUUCUAUUAAUUAUUUUAAAGAAACUUAAUAAUGUUGAUGUUCUCUAUUCAUUGUUUGGCAUUAAUAAUGAACGGUUUGAGAACAUAAUACGACAUGAUUCAUUUUCUAGUACUCUUAACAUAGUAUUAUCGGCUCAAAAUUCGACAAUAUUUAAUUCAAUACUCAAUCGAUUAUGUAGUGAUAUAUUACCUCAAAUAUCUUUCAAUGUGAAAUGUCUCAUUCUUCAACCGGACUAUAUGGAACGUCUUCUUCUUACCACUUCUUAUCCAAAUUUAACUAGCUUGAAACUUUUAAAUUUGGAAUAUGAUUAUUCACUGCGAUAUUUCAUAGAUGAUUCACCAAUUGGACAUAUUUUAAAACAACAAAUUACAAAGCUGGAUCUUCUCUACAACAAAUCUACAUAUCUGUCAGGAUCAUCGGAAGUUUAUACAAAAAGAGUGUAUGCACCUAUUUUAAAUUACUGCGAAAAGUUACAACAUCUAAAUGUUACUUCGCCAUUAGGUCUUACAUAUAUAAGUUUGUCUCUUCGUUAUUUACCAUCGAAUACGUUUUUUUCUUCUACGCUUACAUAUCUCUGCAUUAUUGUGUCAACUUUUGUUGAUUUUGUUUAUUUACUUGAUGGUCGUCUCAAAAAUUUGAGUACAUUGAUUGUUCAAUUUCGUCUUACGGAUACCGACUCAUCAAUUAUUCAUAAUUUAGAUGACUUGCCUAAUCUGAAAUGUUUUUCCUUAAUGUAUUAUGGCACAUUUAAAGAAGAUCUCAAUCCCAAUGAAAUUUUAUCUCAUCUUCGUCGUAUGAUAAACCUAGAAAAACUAACUUUGCAUUUGCGUUUCCUCUUCAAAACUACAUUUACUGAUCCAAUAUAUCUUCUCAAUCAAUUUACAAUACAUAUGCCACAACUUACUUCUUUCAACUUUUAUCUUGGUAUGAAGUAUAAUAAAUGUGAUUUACUUCGAUAUUUAUCCAAUAAUAAUAUUAAACAAAAUUAUGUCAAUAUAAGAGAUCAAACAAUAUUGGAUUUCGUUCAAAAUGUGAAUCAUGAAAUUGUAUAUCACAUUCUUACACUUCCUGUUCAAUUUACUGAGUUCGCAUAUGUUGGUAAUACACUUCCAAAUAUUACGUUCAACUAUGUUACAGACUUAGUUCUAUAUGAUGAAGUACCAUUUGAACAUGAAUAUUUUCUACGAAUAAGUAAAACUUUUCCAAACCUUACAAAGCUUAAUGUGAUAAAUUUGACACCAUGGUCAUAUGAUAUGCAUAUAUCGUUUGAUAACGUUAUUCAAGCGCAUGAAAUUGUUGAAUAUUCUCAUCUUCGUUCACUUGAUAUUACAAGAACAAGUAUAUUUUACGUCGAGCAAUUUUUUAAUGAAACCAAAACACGUUUACCUUCUCUGACGGAAUUAAAAGUUUUUUACGAAGAGUUAAGAAUUAUUACACAAGACUUCACAAGACAAACAACACGACGAAAUUGUGCUAAUGUUAAACAAUUGGGAAUCAAUGGAUUCAUUGCUGACUCGAAGGACUACUGGAGUUAUUUUCCAUUAUUAUAA